ACAAAGGGCAGCCACUACGCCUGAACCCCUGCAGCAAUGGAGUUAAACCGGAGCGAGCCGUGGCUGCUGUCCUUGGGUUUCAUCGAGAACGCCUCUUCUUUGUUCGGCGCCACGAACGCGACAGAGCCUACGAGUGUGGCCCCCGGGGCGCUGCUGAAAGGCGGCCUCCUGCUUGCCAUUAUUCUUCUGGCUAUCAGCGGCAACCUGAUGGUCCUGCUGGCUGUCUUCCUCAACGCAAACCUGCGCACAGCCACAAACUGCCUCAUCGUGAACCUGGCGCUCGCCGACCUACUGCUGGGUGCAAGUGUGCUGCCCUUCUCGGCGGCGCUCGAGAUCUUGGAUAAGCAAUGGUAUUUCGGUCAAAUAUUUUGCCACGUGUGGGCAGCCACGGACGUACUCUGCUGCACCGCAUCCAUCAACAGCCUGUGUGUGAUCAGCGUGGACCGCUACAUUGGCGUCACGCGGCCGCUCACCUACUCGAGUGUGGUGACGCACCGGCGUGCCCUGGUUGCAUGCGUCCUUGUCUGGCUGCUGUCCGCUGUCAUUUCUGUGGGGCCUCUGCUCGGCUGGCGUGAGCCCCCUCCCGCAGACCCAUUCGUCUGCGAGGUGACAAAGCAGACAGGUUAUGUCGUCUUCUCGGUCUCUUUCUCCUUCUACAUCCCGACGCUUGUUAUCCUGGUGCUCUACUAUCGCAUCUACAGGGCGGCCACUCGCCAAACUAAGUUCCUGCGUACAGGAGUCAAGACUAUCAAGGGCGAGCCUGGUCAGCUGACUCUACGUGUGCACACCCCUUCUAUGGCGGGAGAUGAUGCGCACAGAUCUUCGGCCGCUGGUGUCCAAGGCCGGCUUGCCAAGUUCAAACGUCAGAAAAAGGCGGCGAAAACGCUUGGAAUCGUCGUCGGCGUGUUCAUAAUCUGCUGGUUCCCUUUCUUCUUCUUGCUACCACUGGGUACCCUGUGCGAGCAAUGUACCGUGCCGCCGCUGCUGUUCGACUUCUGUUUUUGGACUGGGUACUUCAACUCCUGCCUGAACCCAUUCAUCUACGCGUCGACGAGCCGCGAGUACAAUCGCGCCUUUCGUGCUAUUGUGCGUUGCCAGUGGAGCAAGCCCUCCUUCGUUCCACCGGACUCGCAUCAUGCCUCGUCCGGCAGCACGGGGCACAGAACCAGUCGUCCGGGUGUCAGCAGCCUCGGGCGCUCUACUGAGGGCUCGGACAGCGAAGUUCGUUGAGGGGAUUGUGUGUCUCACCUCUUGUCUGGUCUUUUGCCAACCGAAGGCAAUCUUAGGUCAUGGUGGACACGAAGGAAGAAGAGGUCAGCUGUGGUGUGACUAAUGAGAUCUAUAAUCGACAUUCAGGUGGUCAGUGUAGUUAUUUUCCUGCAGGACUCCUGUAAACGUUAAAUAUAUUUAUACCUAUACAUGUAAAAGUUAGCUCAAGGUUUCAAGACAAAUUGUUGAUCUAGAAGUGGUAUUGUUUUAUUCGUACAGAGGGUGGCUACACUGAUAACAGUCAUGAGGUUAGCAUGUGGCGAAAUUUAACAAAUGAGAAAUUAAUGAGGCUGUGGCCCACAAUUUUUUUUACUGCGCUAGCGCUUAUGGGUUCUCUCGAUGCGUCCGUCCAUAAGUACCUCCUAACAGUAAUAAAACUGCCAUGUGCAGCGCGCUUUCAGCUGCUCAACGAGAACUUACGCUUCCCCAGUUUGAAGUGGUUGCAGAAAUAAUAAAAUAAGAAGGGCCAUAAAUCGAAACAAGCAUGGAAGCCUCUGUGGACAAGAUAAAAUUACAGCUGUGUCAGUUCUUUGAUGGGAGUGGUGUACUUGUGCACUACACGAAAUCUAAAAUUACGGACUGUAGGAGCCCGGUCCCGUACAUUAUGUUAAGAAAGUGAUAGCCAGAAAUAAAUUUUUGUUCAUCUUUUCAAAGUAUAACCACAUGAAUAGCUGUGCCUAGAAACUUUUGUUUAUAAGUAGGAGGCUUUCAAAAGUGUAAAAGGAUCAGAAAAUGGAAGAACACCAGGAAAAUUUUCUUGAGUUAUUUGAACAGCAGUUUCUUGACUCUUGGUGCGGUGUUAAAUGUCGUGAGAACAUCGCUAGAAAUGUGCCCCGACGUCCUGGAGCAGCUAUGGCAGCCGCCGUGGCAGCAGUCGGAGGAAACAGUAAUGCUGUAUAAUAUGCGUUGGGAUAUUGUUCUAGCUGCCGCUAUCGUUGCUUCACGUAUCGACCGAAACUGCGAUUAUUUUAUUCAUAUUGUGCACUUGCCUAUUUCCCAAACAUCUGGAGGACGUAACAGGGUCAUACAAUGAGUUGUAUGCUAAUAUACAGCCUAUAUAUGUUGUCGCCUUUUGAGGAAGAAGAAGGCAAAACGAACUGAACAAUCUAGCGCAAACAAUAAGCAACGAAGGAGCUGGAAUGGGACAAGAAACACGCAGAGAUCUCGUUAGCUCCGGGUGAAAGUUAUUUUGCGGUAUCGGAACGAAUGUGCUCCUCCUCCGCCCUCGGUUCGUGUCUGGUACUGCGGACGUUUUCACGAGGACCUUACGGCAAAAUGGCACCAUUCUGACCGCGAAAUGCUGGAAUUGGCGUUUGGCUGCAGAUGCGAGAAGAU